AUGAGCCUCGCAACCAUAGAAACGGGGUACGUGGGGAGCCUCACCCAAGACCAAGAAGAGAAACUGCUACAGCUAUGGGCGAUUUUCCUGCGAUCGUGCGAUCCAGAGUUCUAUCGCACAGAAACAAAUCAGAGCCAGACUACCUCCACAACAUCACCGAAACAGCGCAAGAAGUUCUUCUCGCUAUCAUGGUCGGAGGAACCAGCCAAAUCCAACGACGCGCCUUCGGUGCCUGCCAAACUGCUUUCUGAGCUCGAAGCCAUGAAAAUGAGCGCACAGGAGAUCAAGUUGAUUCAGCAAGUUCUGCCCAAGCUCAAGCCGGACGAGCUUCGCUCGGCUUUCUUUGCCAUGAUGAAACAAGAUCAUCCAGACACGUUCCUUCUUCGAUACUUACGUGCCGAGAAAUGGGAUGUCAGCAAAGGGUUUGUCAAGUUUGUAUCGGCACUGGAGUGGUGGAGCAAGCAGCAACACGUGGAAGAGGAGGUAAUCCGCAAGGGCGAGCUACAUGCACUGCAGCAGUCGCAGAGCACCACUGGUAGCACUGAUAAAAAGGAUGGAGAGGGCUUUAUGGCACAGUUGCACAUGGGCAAGGGCUUUUUCCAUGGCUCCGAUAAAUCCGGUCGUCCUAUUUGUGUUGUAAGAGCACGGACGCAUAAGCCAGGUGCGCAGACUGAAAAGGCGCUCAAUUCAUAUAUUUUGUAUAACAUCGAGUUGAUGCGACUGCUGCUUGUUCCUCCGGUUGAAACCAUGACAUUAAUCUUCGACUUGACAAACUUCGCUCUUUCAAAUAUGGAGUAUGCUCCAGUCAAGUUCAUCAUCCAAUGCUUCCAGGAGAACUAUCCCGAAUCGCUUGGAUAUAUGCUCUUCUACAAUGCCCCCUGGUUCUUCUCCGGAAUCUGGAAGGUCAUCCGGGGUUGGCUUGACCCCGUUGUGGCUGCCAAAGUACAUUUCGUGAACUCGGUUCAAGACUUGGAGCAAUUUAUCGAUCGAUCCCAGAUUGUGACGGAGCUUGGCGGCGAUGAAGACUGGGCUUACGAAUAUGUAGAGCCUCAACAAGACGAGAAUGCUCAACUUCAGGAUACGACCACCAGAGACUCCAUCAUGGCCCAGCGCCAACAGAUGGGAGAGGAACUCUUCGAAGCAACCUCGAUGUGGCUUUCCGCCAAGAGCAAGGGGAAUUUAGGUGAUGUCUCACUGCAAAAGGAUCGCAGGAUGGAUAUCGCCCGGCAGUUGCGAGAGAAUUAUUGGAAACUGGAUCCGUACGUGCGUUCCCGUACGCUUUUGGAUCGCAUUGGUGUGAUCCAAGCCCAUGGAAAUAUCGACUUUUAUCCCGAUAAAGGGGACCAACGGAAGGGCAAGGAAGAAAAUGAGAAGGAAGCGAAGACCGUGGUUGAUCAGGUUGAGUAUGCAAUGGAGGCACAGGUGGCAAGCGCGGCUUGA